AUGGAAGUCGCCAAGCAGAAGGUCGGAUCGUGUCACGAUGGAAUCUACAAGCAACAUGAAUCUCCUUCUUGGUUGAUCAACACUCGUAAAUACGGGAUGCCGUCUUUGGUGGAGCGAUCGCCUGAUGGAGGUUAUACCAUUCCUCAACUUUAUGAUGAUGGCUAUGUAACCACGUCCAAUAAGAGCAGUCCUAACAAGGAGAUUCACGCUUUGAAGAAGUGCUGGCCUGGGUCGCCAACUUUUGUGUCAGAACAUGAUGGACUUCCAAUGAGCCCAACGCUUAAAAGCCAAUAUUGCUUCAACGCUUUUAUCUCGAAUCAAGGACAACUCAAAGAGACUGUGGCUCCGACCGUUAAUCAUAUUUUCAACGACUACUAUGCUCUUCUUGGUGGCGCUGACAACUCGUUUGGCCCACAAAAGCAGAGCUCACAUAACGAAGUAUUCGCUCGCAAAGUUUUUAUUGGAGGAUUGCCUAUUGAUGUUCAAGAAGCGGACAUUUACAAUACAUUUCGUCACUUUGGCAAGUUGGUUAUUGAUUGGCCACGACGUUCUGCGAAGGAAACUAUCGUUGCAGCAAAUGCUCGAACAAUCAAUUGGCUCGUCCAUCUCAUCACGAAGUUGCUCGCAACGGAUUUUCUGGACACCAUGGUUCUCGCUCACGUCAUCAUCGCUAUUUCUAAUUUGUCAACAUGGAAAACCAUU